AACUUUGUUUUUUUGCCUUCGCCUAACAAAAGCACAUGCAUUUUGAGAAGCUUUCAGUAGCACUUCGCAGUUCGCAUCGUCAGAGGAAAGUUGGUGACUGUAAACAACUGCAGGGUCUGUUCUGCAUCCUUCGAACACUCUUUAUCUACAAUGGACUACAAGCGCGUGGACUCCCCGCCGCCCUACUCGGAUGACUUCGCCUCCGCUCCCCCGGCCGAGAUGGACAUGCACCAGUCGCCGGCUCGCCAGCUCUAUCCGCCGGUUCCCCAGCCCUCUCAGAUGACGCCGAUGUCCCCACCACCACCGGCGCCGGUGAGCAUGAUCCAUCACCAGACCACGGUUUUGGUGGACAAUCCCGGCCAGGGAAUGAUUUGUCCCCAUUGCCAGGCCCGGAUUCGCGUUCGAGUGGAGCACCAUCCCACUGGAAAGACUUACUGCCUGGCGGCGUUCCUCUGCCUUUUCCUUUGCUGGCCCUGCGUCUGCGCCCCUUGCUGCUGCAACUGCUGCUACAAGACCUCCCAGUUCUGCCCCAACUGUAACGCCUGUUUGGGAUCGUUUUGAAGACGCCAGCGAAACACUCGCCGAUUUCGUAUCUCCAUAUUCACAUUCGUACAUAAUAUACACAUUCGUAUAUAACUAAGAACAUAUGUAUUGUACGUCCGGAUGUGUAGAAGUGGUGCCUCUAUCAUACUAACACUUACCAUACACACAUAAGCACAUUCUUCUAUCGACUCGCUUGCUUCUUGCGAAACUGUAAGGGGGAGAAUAGAUAAAGAAAUAAAGCUUUGCCAAGCGAAUCUUUUCUGGGAUUCCCAUAAA